AUGACCUUGGUGUUGUAUUUGUUGAUUAAAAGUCUGAGUUUUUUCAAGAAUUACCGCUGUGGAGAGCGUGCAAUUUCCUUGAUCGGGAUCAACUUCAUCAUCAUGAUCUGCAUCAUGAGCACCACAGGCAUCUUGUGCAUCAUGAUGGCGCGUAUUUUAGACAUGUUUGGAAACUUUUCGAUUGCAGAAUUCAUGAGUUUAGGCAAGUGGAUCAGCAGACUUGGGUUCAUGAGCAAGUGGGGGCCCUGGAUUGUGGCGAUCCUCGCCGAUUGCUGGCUUAUUGUUUCAUUUAUCAAUACCGUUUGGAUUUUAGCUGCACCGAAUGAUUGGUGCAGCCGCAGAUGGAACGCACAGGCGAUCGUCGCAGUAGAAAACUGCAGACUUUGGUACAAGGGGAAUGUGAAAUGCCUCAGCACAGAACAAAACCUGCAAAAUUCCGAGUCGGGUUUGGUGACCACCUGCAACGACGGUAACGAGCUGCUGGCUCAGAAGUUUUUGUCAUUUACACCUAAGGAGGGAUCUGAAGAUUGUUCCUUUCAGGAUUUAUCGGUGUGCAGGGCUUACGCGAACUUAAGAGAAGGGAAAUCACUAGACUGGAAUGAAUCGCCACUGAACAAGUGCUUAGGAGAUGCUGCAGUUUCUCCGGAUUCCUUUCAUGACAGCCUCAGCGAGAGCAGCGAUUUGUACAGAUACCUUAUGAUCUACGUGCAAGGAUGGACCAUCACACUCAUUGGGGUUGUGUGUUUUUUCAUUUACACCAAACUCAGCGGCUUGGAAUUUAGGGCUAGCCAUACUCCUGGUGAAUUAGCAACAGCAGCAGUAGUAGCUUUUGCCGCUGGAGCAGCAGCAGCAGUAGCCGACUGCGUGAAGAUCAAUGCAUUGAGCAGAGGGAGAGAACGGAAGAAUAACUCUGCAUUGCAGAUGAGAGAGAAGGGAAGCUGA